AUGUAUUUCAACCUGUUUCGCCAGCACACUGCCAGCGAGCUCUCCGGCUUUUUCGAUGACGUGUUCUGGUCGCGGACUGUGUUGAUCGAGUGCCACCAAGCUGACGCUAUCCGCCAUGCCGUCGUCGCCCUCGGCGCCCUCUACAAGACGCUCGAGACGACGACAGAGUCGCCGCCCAGCUCGCCCGACGCCGCGGGUGUCACUCCGUCCAACGCUGCCGACCGUGCUGCCAACCACUGGGAGGUCGCCCUUGAUCAGUACUCGUCUGCAUGCCACGCCGUGGGAACCGUGGAUCCCGCGAACCCACGCAGUCAACGCACAUGUCUGAUUGCCAGCGUGUUGUUGGCCUGCUUCGACUCCUUCAUAGGCGACCACCAGCAGGCCAUCCGGCAGAUCCAGACCGGCCUGAAGCAGCUGUGGCUACUGCGCGACAGCCGCAACAGCCAGACGGUGCUGCAAGUGGCGCCCGACGGCAGCUAUGUCUCGCAGCCGGCCGUUCCCGAGCCGGUCGAGGAUGAGCUCCUGCAGAUGUUUACGCGACUCGCCAUCCAGGCCAAGUCCUACGACAUGGCCUUUCACUUCCCGAAGCCCUAUGUGAUCUAUCUGCUGCCGUCGACUGAGGCUGGUUUUUCUGAGCUGUCGUCGUCUGAUACGUCCGGGUCGUCGCCCUCGUCGCCGGCCGGAUCGUCCGAUGUCGACUCUCCCGUCACGGUGCACCAGGAUCCGAUUCCGGUGCGUUUUUCCUCGCUGCGUGACGCACGCCUGGCCUGGGACACGUUGUGCGAAGACAUGCUGCGCUUCACAGAGAAGAUGUUCCAGUCCGCCAGCGGGCCGCCCAACAUCUUGCCCAGCUCGAUGAGACGCUACGGCAUACACUUCCAGGCACGCCUCACCGGCUGGUCCGCGGCUUUUGGGCCGCUGCUGAACAGUCGCACACGGCCAGACGUCAGCAGCCAGGAGAAGGCUGGCAUCGCUGUGCUCAAGAUGUUCCAGAUCAUGGGCCAGAUCCUCUUCUUCAUGACCUUUGUCGACAGCGAGAUGCAAUUCGACAACUUCCAGCCGCACUUCGCCGAGAUUGUGAGCCUGGCAUUCGAGGUGUAUGGAGUGCCCAGUUUCGGACCAAGUCACAUCAAGGCCAGCUUCAGCGCCGAUCUCGGCAUCGUGCCGCCGUUGUAUGUGGUGGCGACCAAGUCACGUGACCGGAUGCUCCGGCGGCAGGCGAUUCAGCUACUGCGCAGCAGCGCCCGGCGCGAGGGCAUGUGGGACAGCGAGCUGAUGGCGCGGAUCGGCACGUGGGUGAUGGAGAUUGAGGAACAAGGUGAUGGCGAGGAAGACAAAUUGCGCAGCUGGCAGAACAGCGCCGGGAUGCCGUUGACGCCCGUCGACAGCCCGGCGCCGUCGACAGUGACUCUGCCGCACCGCCAACGAUCUCCCGGCGUCGACUUUGGCGAUGCGCCGCUGGGUCCGGGUGGCAAUGCACGAUGGGAUGUGCGGCGUGAGAGCUCGACGUCGAGCGUGCGAUCGUCGGCGAGUGCGACCAGUGGCAGCCUGCCGCCGGCGCCGCCGCCGAUUCCGGCGGAGAAGCGAGUGCUCGUCAAGUCGUGCGAGUUUGACCUGCGAGGACACGUAGCCACGCUCAAGUGCGGCACGCGUGGACUUGUGGCCGGCAAAGUCGACCACAAGACACAGGUGACGCGGAUUACGUGGUGA